AUGUCUGUCAUUUUGCAGUUGAAUUCAGAGCUAAAUUUAAACUCCCAGAAUGUUGUCGAAUUCAAUUACAAGUUGAUUAAUUUCAAAGAAUUAUCGAUUGAAUAUCCAUCAUUGAAGUCCUUUUUUGCAGAUUAUGAAGAAAAUAUCUACAAUUUCAAUGAUCAAAAUUCAUUGAUUGAGCUUUCGAAAAUUUUAUUAAAAAAGUUUUUCAGCAUUAAUAUUAGCUUAUCUUUGAACUUUUUGAUCCCAAGAAUCCCAAUAAGAUUUCUUUACGUCAAGUAUAUCAAUGAAAUUUUGUUUAGCUAUCAUUUUGACAAUGUGAGCUCAUUGUUCUUAGCUGACAGUACUGGCACAGAGAAAACAGAAACUGUUGGGAUAGAUAUUGGAACCGGUUCGAGCUUGAUCUAUCCUCUACUAUUUAUAUCUGCUUAUAAUAAUCAUAACAAUCAUAACAAUAACAGUGAAGAUGAUUACAAAUUAGACUAUAAAAUUAUUGCAACAGAAAUCAACAACUAUUCUUUUGAAUUUGCAAUGGAUAAUUUAAAGUCAAAUAAACAUUUAGGCUCGAAUUUGGAAGAUAAAAUUAAUAUUGUUAAAAUCAGUAAAAAUGAUGAUCCUUUAAUUGAUUUUGAUAAAUUUAAAUUGAUUAAAAACAUUAACAAUAUUGAAAAUAUCAAAUUCUUAAUGUGCAAUCCACCUUUUUACUCAAAUAAUUAUAGCAUUAGUAGAUUCAAUAAUACGAAUAUUGAUAAUAAAGAGGAGACCUUAAAGAAAACCAUUGGUUUAAAAUCUGAACUCUAUUACAAGGAAAAUGGAGAACUCGAUUUUAUUCAAAAAUUAAUCAAAGAGUCUCUUGUACACAAAAAUAAAAUUUGUUGGUAUACCUGUCUAAUUAGCAAAUUUAAAUUAAUUUCAAAUGUAAUUUUAAUCAUAAAGGAAAAUAAUAUUUCAAACUAUUUAAUUCAUGAGCUAAAUCCUAGUAAUGAUUUUUAUAAUCAAAACUCUCCAAUUAGUAACGAUAAUAAAAGUUAUAAUCGUGGCAAAAGAUUCGUACUAUUAUGGUCAUUUAACUACAUUCGAUUACCAAAUUAUUUAUCAUCUAACAACAAAUUAAUUUUAAAGAAAUAUUGUUCAAAUAAUAAUGAAUUUAAGGUUGAUUUAAAAUCAUUCAUUAAAGAUGACCCAAUUGAAAAAAAUAACAUGGAGCUUAUUAAAAAUUGCUUAAUUUCAGGUCUAGAUUAUUCAAAUGUAAAGGAUUUAAAGUUGAAUAAUAUAUUUGAUUCUUUUAUAAUCAAGUUUGAUGAAAAUGUGUGGUCAAGAUCUUAUAAAAGAAGAUUAAAAUUUAAUAAAAUUAAUGAAAAUGAUAAUAUGAAAAAGAAAAGAAAGGUUAUAAAUGAAGACGAAAUUAUAAUUAUUCAAAUUAUUUACGAUCAUUUGAACUCACAUUUGUAUUUAUUUUGGAAGUAUGGAAAAUAUUAUAAAACUUUUGAAAGUUUUACAGGAUACACUUUAAGACAGUUGAAUAAUUUAAUAGAAAAAUAA